CAGGUGCUUGUUCAUGUGUGUUUGGAUGGUUUAUAACCGAUCACCUUCAAUCUGCUGACUGAGGUAAAUCUCACUUUUCUGCAAUCAUGGGGAGAAAAGUGGUAUUGGCAACAUGCACGUUAAACCAGUGGGCAAUGGACUUCGAGGGAAAUUGCAAACGCAUCUUGAAAAGUAUUGAAAUUGCAAAGUCAAUGGGAGCAAAAUACCGUCUUGGACCAGAGCUUGAAAUAUGUGGAUACGGAUGCAAUGAUCACUUCUACGAGUCCGAUACUUGUCUGCACUCUUUUCAAGUCUUGGCUGAACUGCUCAAGUCAAAGGUCACAGAGGACAUCAUUUGUGAUGUUGGGAUGCCUGUUCUACACAAAGGAGUGCGCUACAAUACAAGGGUUAUAUUCCUCAACAGAAAGAUCUUGCUCAUCAAGCCAAAGACUGACAUGGCAAACUACGGGAACUACCGGGAGUUACGAUGGUUCAAAGGUUGGGUCAAGGCCCGCACCAUUGAGGAAUACUUUCUACCCAGAAUGAUCACAAAUAUCACAAACCAGAUAACGGUUCCUAUUGGAGAUGGGGUAAUCUCCACGAGAGAUACAUGCAUCGGGUCAGAGGUGUGUGAAGGUCUAUGGACAGCAAACAGCCCUCAUAUAGCCAUGAGUUUAGAUGGUGUUGAGAUCAUCACCAACGGAAGCGGUAGCCACCAUGAACUCAGGAAAUGUCAUACGGUGAUUGACUUGGUGAAGGCAGCCACUUACAAGUGUGGCGGUAUUUACAUGUAUUCCAAUCUUCGAGGAUGCGAUGGAGAGAGAGUGUAUUACCAAGGAGGUUCACUGAUCGGCAUCAAUGGAAACAUCGUCACUAGAGGAGAAAGUUUCUCAUUAAAAGACGUGGAUGUGGAGGUCGCAACUUUAGACCUAGAGGAUGUCCGAGCGUAUAAGGGGCAGAUUAGCAGUAACAAUCUCUAUGCAGCCAGCGUUGCCAAGUCUUUUCCCCGGAUCAAAGUGGAAUUCUCCCUCUCCGGUGCAAUGGACUCGUCUCUGAGAACCAAUCAACCCAUUCAAUGUGCCCUCCCGACACCGGAGGAAGAGAUAGCUCUAGCCCCAGCAUGCUGGCUAUGGGAUUAUCUUCGAAGGAGUGGCCAGGCUGGUUUCUUCUUGCCGUUGAGUGGUGGUAUUGAUAGUUCAGCUACUGCAUGCGUCAUUGCUUCAAUGUGUCGACUGGUUUGUCGUGCAGUCAAAGAUGGAAAUGAGCAAGUUUUAUCUGACAUUCGUCGUGUGACGUCCGAUCCCAGCUACACGCCAACCGAUCCAAGUGAAUUAGCCGGCAGAAUCUUAUUCACCUGUUACCUUGGUACGGUCAAUUCGUCCGUCGAUACGUACACAAGAGCUAAGAAUCUGGCUGCGGAAAUAGGAUGCAGUCAUACAGGUGUUACUAUUGAUUCUGCUGUCAACUCCACCGUAGACAUCUUCAGUAAGGCUACGAACAAAGUGCCCGCAUUCAAAACCAGGGGAGGCACUCCUAGAGAGAACCUUGCUCUGCAGAAUGUGCAGGCUCGUACACGCAUGGUGCUGUCCUACGUCUUUGCACAGCUUAGUCUAUGGUCUCAUGAUAAACCAGGGGGACUGCUGGUGCUCGGCACGGCCAAUGUGGAUGAGAGUUUGCGUGGUUACCUGACUAAGUAUGAUUGCUCCAGUGCGGAUGUGAACCCCAUAGGUGGCAUCAGUAAGACAGAUUUAAGAGGUUUCAUCAAGUACGCUAUGGAGAACUUCAAUCUACCAUCACUUGGAGGGAUCAUGGACGCACCCCCAUCAGCUGAGCUGGAGCCGCUUUCAGACGGAAACAUUGCACAAACAGAUGAGGCAGACAUGGGAAUGACAUAUUCCGAGUUAUCUACUUACGGACGACUGAGGAAGAUAGCAAUGUGUGGACCAUACAGCAUGUUCUGCAAGCUUGUUCCUGAAUGGAGUGAUACAUGCACACCCUCACAGGUUGCUGAGAAAGUGAAGCAUUUCUUCCGUUGUUACUCCAUCAAUAGACACAAGAUGACCACUCUAACCCCAGCCUAUCACGCUGAGAGCUACGCCACAGACGACAACCGCUUUGACCUGCGCCAGUUUCUCUACAACACCAAGUGGUCCUGGCAGUUCAAAUGCAUUGAUGAAGAGGUUGAACGAUUGAAAACAAAGAACCUUCAACUGACGAGAGAGAAUCUUCCAUCAGAUAUCUCGGAUGGAAAAGAAACGAGCACCCAUCGUGCACAGACAUCUUCAGCUACGACCUCAACAGAGGUCAUUAGGGGUCACGGUGAGGCCAUGACCCACAAUACACUGGCGCAGUCGGACAGUGAUGUCCCUACAGCACCAGUGGUGACAGUCACACCAGCAGGUGACAAUGGGUCCAGCGAUGACAGUGACAGUGACACUGUUAAAGCAACCGCAGGUUCCAGCCCAAGAUCUGAGGUCAGAUCAUUGGCAUCUCCCCACGUGUUGAGGAAGAGAGGUCACGGUGGUGACGUCAAAGACGGCGAAGUCGGGGAUGAUGUCACCAAGAAGAUCAGGAAGGACGUGGGUAAUGGAAAUAACAAUAAUGCCAACUAUAGCAAGAAACGGUCGCCAUUGAAGCGAGUGGCAGAAUGGUUGAAACAGUAAGAAUUGAACGUCCAUGAAGUGGGGAACUUUCGCUUGUUUCAGCCAUAAUGGGUUUCCUGUAUUCAAACAAUGAAAGCAAACUGAGGCUGGAAGGGUCAAAGAGCAUGACCAUUUGUUGUUAUAGGACUUGAGGCAUUGCAUGGUAUGAUAUAAUAAUAUAUAUUUGGUUUGCGGUAACACCAUGUGUGUAUCUACU